AUGCGGCGCCAUGGAAGGGCCGGCGGGGGGACAAAAGUGGCACCCAUCUCCGACACGGUGUCGCUCAUACACUCCUUCGAUUCGAUAGCGAACCCGAAUCGCCCGGUACGCCCGUCACCGCUUGCUUCGUCGCACAUACAGGCACUUCCACUGGAUCUGGUCGACCGACUCCGAUCCUUCCCUCUCUUCCAGGCUACCCCGGAAUCCUUCCUGAUCGAGGUCGGGCAGCACCUCCGCCCGCAGCUCCAUGCGGUGAAUGACUAUAUUCUGACAGAGGGGGACGAUGCGAAAGCCAUCUACUGGCUAGUCCGGGGCGCCGUGGCCGUGACGUCCCGCGACGGGGAGAGUAUCUAUGCCGAGCUCCAGGCGGGUGCGUUUUUCGGUGAAAUCGGUGUCUUGAUGGACCGGCCACGCACGGCCACGAUCAUCGCUCGCACGCGAUGCCUCCUGGUAGUCUUGACCAAAGAAGACUUCCGCAACAUUCUUCCGCGAUUCCCGGAGGUGGAGCGAGCAAUCCGGGACGAAGCCCAGGAAAGGUUGAUGAUUCUGGAGAAGAAGAAAAAGGAGACCUCUGUUCCCGCACUGGAUGUCCAGCCUCUCAGCCGGAGAGGUUCCAAACGAGUGAGAGAGAGCUUUUCCAAGGACCUGACCAUCGCUGACGGGGAUCUGACCUUCAAAACCGUGAACAAGAAGCGCAAGUCACCCAGUCCCGGCCUGACAGAUGGAUCAUCAUCCAGUGCUUUGGCCAAUGGCCUGGUUAACGUACGGCGAUUACUCACGGAGCUACCUUUGUUCUCAGGCCUGCCACCGGACAUCCUCCAUUUCCUGGGACUGAACGCUCAGCCGCGAACUUAUCCCCCCUUCACCGAUAUUAUUAAACAGGAUUGCGCAGGGCGCGAGAUCUACUUCAUUGUUCGAGGAGAAGUAGAGGUCCUGGCAGACAGGUCGGAAGGGCAGCCGCCAUCCAGGAGAUUGGCCGCGCUUGACAAACCGCAAUUGGAUGUCAAAGCCCGCUUGCACCAAGGACAAUACUUUGGCGAAGUCGUGAGUCUCUCGCUGGCACCACGCCGCACAGCAACCGUUCGAUCGGUCUCUUCGGUCGAGUGUCUGAUGAUCAGCGGUGAGGUGCUAUCGGAAUUCUGGGAGAAAUGCCCCCAGGAUGUUCGCGAGCAGAUUGAACGGACUGCAAAGGAGCGGCUGCAGAUGGCCGCGGAUGGCGAUGUGAUCAUGACGGAUGAAGGAACCCCAUCCAUCAGUGACCUCGCCAUUGACGACAGAUUCAAAAUCACCGCGUCCAGACGGAAGUCCAUGCCGCUUCUAACGCUCACCGAAACAGAAUUGGAUGGUUCGCACAAACCCGCUCAGCCAGAUGAUCGGCCGGUACUGCAGCCUCUGGAUCCCGAUCCAUUCCUGAAUAUCGGACUGGAUAACGUUCGACUACGCAGUCGUCGGGGGUCGGUCGCGCCACUUACCCCAGAAGAGGCUUCAGGAGAGCAGCAACGGCAGUCGCCUCCGUCCGAGCCUCGCUCGUCUGCGUCGUCUCUUCUCGCUCUCCCAGACACUCCUAUCCUAUCAAAGGCACAGAAGAUCCAACGUCCAUCUCGAGAAGACAAUUGCGGGACCCUACCAGACAAUAUCCUGAUCAAAGUCUUCCAGUACCUCGAACUACAUCACCUGCUACGUUUACGAGCAGUAUCGCUCCACUGGUCUGAUAUUCUUACCAAAUCCAGUGAAAUACUCCAGCACUUGGAUCUCGGCAUGUACAAUCGAACUAUCACGGAUGAUGUUCUCACAAAGUUGAUUUGUCCCUUUGUUGGUGACCGGCCUCGUUAUAUUGAUAUCAGCAAUUGCUUCCACAUCACUGAUGAAGGAUUCACUGCACUAGCAAAUGCCUGUGGCCCAAAUCUUGCAGCGUGGAAGAUGAAGAGUGUGUGGGAUGUCACAGCCUCGGCCAUCCUCGAGAUGACUGGCCAUGCCCCUGAGCUUGAAGAGGUGGACCUGAGCAACUGCCGCAAGGUCGGAGACACGCUCCUAGCUCGUAUUGUUGGCUGGGUCGUUCCCAACACCGGUAUGGGCUUGCAAAAGUCCAGUGAUAGUAAGAUGAAAGCCACGAUACAAACAGCUGCAGGGACGGUAUUUGGUUGUCCCAAGCUGAAACGUCUGACGCUCUCAUAUUGCAAACAUGUGACGGACCGCUCCAUGCAUCACAUAGCCUCGCAUGCUGCGUCUCGGAUUGAAGAAAUUGAUUUGACCCGCUGCACUACCAUCACCGAUCAAGGAUUCCAAUAUUGGGGCAAUGCGCAAUUCAGUCGGCUUCGAAAAUUGUGUUUGGCGGAUUGCACAUACUUGACGGACAAUGCGAUAGUUUAUCUGACCAAUGCUGCCAAAGGUCUCGAAGAACUGGAUCUGUCCUUCUGCUGCGCCCUUUCCGAUACGGCAACUGAAGUCUUGGCCCUUCAAUGCUCUCAACUGACGUACCUAAACAUGUCCUUUUGCGGCUCUGCGAUAUCCGAUCCAUCCCUGCGCAGCAUCGGUCUUCACCUCCUUUCACUACAAAGGCUUUCUGUCCGUGGCUGCGUUCGUGUCACAGGAGUUGGCGUGGAAGCUGUCACGGAAGGCUGCAACCAGCUACAGUUCUUCGACGUCAGCCAGUGCAAAAAUCUUGCGCCCUGGCUUGAAACCGGUGGUAUUAUGAAAUAUCAACACCGAGUACAGUUCGACACUGUCGCUCAAAAUAAGAGACUUUUCCGCUAA